UCUGUCUUAUAAGGAAGUGACUCUCUGCUGAAGCACCAGAGUUUGUGGCAAGACAACCCAAACUAUGAGACUUGUCGUAGCAUUGGCGUGUUUCAUUGCAGGCUGCCUGGCCCAGAAGCCUCACCCAUGCAAGAGUCCUCCUCUUAUGGGUGGAGCGCUCGUUUUGUCUACACAGAAUGAGAAGCUGCUGGUCUAUGUCCGGUACCUGUACGAUGCAAUAGGACAACGGAUACGACUCUGGGAGCAGGGAUCCUACGACAAUAAGACUUUCACCGCCGACUAUCUGCUACACUACAGAGAGAGUGCUGUGUACAACAUCAGUGAUUCUAAAAAGACAUGUGAGAAACUGCCCCUGAAGGCAGACUUCCAGCCCCUGGGGAUCCCCCCGGAUGCGUCUCUGGUGGGUCAGGUGGUUCUGGGCAGCUCGUCUGGACCUGGACAAGGACUCCUGACCAACAUCUGGACAGGAGAUCUGCCUGAAAAAGCAGGAAAGUUCUUAAGCACAGUCACCGAGUUUGGAUGCAUUCCUGUCAGCACCGCCUAUCAGACUAAAGAGUAUGGAUGGGUGCAGAUCACUUUCUUCAACAACAUUGUUGGGAUUUCGGACCCCAGUCUGCUGAACCCUCCAAACUUCUGCCCACAUGCAGAGUCACUUCAGAGUCAGCGCGCUGGAGUGAAGCCACACGACUUCCUCAGCUUGUUCCUUUAAGCAAACUGAGAACCGCCGGUUUCUCAGAACUGAAAAUUCAGAGUUUCUCAGACAGAAUACAACAUUUUAAAAUGCAUUUCCUUCUUAAUGUCUGUUUAAAUGCUGCAUGUCAUUAAAAAAUGAUGAACGCAGUGGAUGAACUUCUGCUUCUUUCAGUUCUCCAAAGUAUUUUGUAAGCGCUUUGUUUUGUUUGACGGACUCAUUCCCGUUUUGUUACCAUAGAAUAACUGAUGGUAUUUUGCAUCAAUAAAAACAGCGUGAACAAAUGCACUUGA